CUGUUCUCUUAGACCAGGACAUAUAUUUUGUCUAUCCCAUAAAGUUCCUGAGAUGUCCUUCCACAAUGUUUCAGCCUGCAAUGUUUAUACUGGCAUGGAGCCAUUUACUUAUUUUUAUUACUUGAUAUUCCUUAUCGGUUUCAUUGGGAGCUGCUUUGCCCUAUGGACCUUCACCCAUACAGAGCAGAAUCGCAAGUGUAUGAGUAUCUAUUUAAUUAACCUCCUCACAGCAGAUUUUUUGCUGACCUUGGCCUUGCCAGUGAAAAUAAUUGUCGAUUUAGGAAUUGCUCCCUGGAGAUUGAAAAUAUUCCAUUGUCAAGUGACAGCUUGCCUCCUCUAUAUCAACAUGUAUGUAUCAAUCAUAUUCUUGGCAUUUGUAAGCCUGGAUCGUUGCUUCCAAUUAAUACACAGAUGCAAGAUCUAUCGUAUUCAAGAGCCUGGGUUUGCCAAGAUGAUAUCAGCAGUAGUAUGGAUAAUGGUUCUCUUUAUUACAAUGCCGAACAUGCUGAUUCCAAUCAAAGAAAUUAAAGAAGUGCCAAUUGUGGGUUGCAUUGCGUUCAAAACUGAAAUGGGAAGAGACUGGCAUGUAUUUACAAAUUUCUUAUGUUCUGUGAUAUUUCUAAAUUUCUCAGCCAUAGUGCUCAUUUCCAACUUCCUUGUGAUCAGACUGCUCUAUCAAAACAAAUACAAUGAAAGCUACAAACAUGUACAAAAAGCUUUAGUGAACAUACUCUUGGUCACUGCAAGCUAUAUUAUAUGCUUUGUUCCUUACCACAUUGUUCGGAUCCCAUACACUCUGACUCAAAGCGAAGCUAUAACCACUAACUGCUAUUUUAAACAAUCCCUCUUCAAAGCAAAAGAAUCAACCCUGCUGUUUGGAGUGUCAAACCUGUGCUUUGACCCUAUUUUGUAUUUUUAUCUUUCAAAGACAUUUAAACUGCAGGUAAGCAAGACUUUUGGAUCACGUAAAGAGAAAUAUAGUUUCUCAGAAGAACAGCAAGGAACAUGUACAGAAUUGACACAGCGAUGUGAUGUUUCAGUUUAGAGGUCAUAGGUCUUUCCACAUGCUCAGUUUACUGCACA